CAAGGCAAGAGAACAAGUUGCUUCACCGCAUUUCUCCUUUUUGUUAAUUUCCACCAGCAGCCAUUGCCUCCCAUUUUUUUUCUUCUCAUUUUUGUUACAUCUGACACCACAGAAAGAGGGAGAGGUCAGAUUCAGGCUUCCACCCUUGGAAUAUGCCGUCCCACUUUCCACCGACACACCCAAGGAUUAUUUUCACCUGACGUUGCUGUCUCCCAUAGUUUUGUGGGGUUCCUUUUUCUUCGGUGGGGGUGUUUGAAGUCGGGUUCUGCACUUUUUUUCCUUCUGCUGUUGAUAUGGACCUGACACGAAUGCGGUUUCUCUAAGGUUUAAAUGCUCCGGGCGCAGCAGUCAGACUCCGUAUCAGAGAGAGAAGAGUCAGACCCCGACAGGGACGAGCUUCAUCUCUCACCCAAGCCAGAUUUCCCAAACUCCCCCGGCGGACUGGACCAAGAAGCACGGGACCUCAGACACAAAGAGGAACCCGUUUCGUCUGACAGUUCCCCUCGUUUUGCAAAACUGCCCGACCCCGACGGCAGUGAGCUGUUCCUCUGAAAGUUUCCUGUUCUGUGGCCAGUUACCAGAGGGGAGGGAGCCCCUCUCUCGCUCUCUCUCUCUCUCGCUCUCUCUCUCUCUCUCUCUCUCUCUUUCUCUCUCUCUGUCUUUCCCCCUCACCCCAUCUCUUUCUUUCUCACCCACGGUCAUCAUGACGACUGCAGUCCAGCCAAGUGAGCUGGUGUUCGAGUUUGCCAGCAAUGGAAUGGACGAAAUGAACCAGCUGGACGACCCGUCUGUGUUCCCGGCGGUGAUCGUGGAGCAGGUGCCAGCGACCGACCUUAUGCAGGUGUACUCGGGGCUGGACUCCGACGAGGUGCCCAAUGGCAUCAUGGUAGACUCUUCCCUCGACGUGGCCGAGGAGCAGAUCAUGGGCGGGGAUAUUGGACUCUCAGUGGAGACUGCAGGUUCAGAUGCAGGAGACAACAUGGAGACCAUAGUGGCUGCCGAAGCGCUGCUCAACAUGGAAUCGCCCAACAACAUCUUGGAUGAGAAGCGCAUGAUUCACACAUAUGGACCCUUGCUGGACUCUGACCUCACGUACAUAUCACUGCGGCCAGAACAGCUGUCCAGCAGCUGCAUAGAUGUGUCGAUGGAUGAGGAGUCCUCCUCCAUGGAUGAAGUUCCACCAAAGAGUGCUGCGAAACCACAGAGGAAAAACAAAGUGCGGAAACCCCGCACAAUGAGAUCCUGCUCCCCCAUCAGCACCCCCAGCCUGCCACUCAAGAAGAAGAACAAGGAGGGAAAAGGGAACACCAUCUACCUCUGGGAGUUCCUCUUGGCCCUCCUGCAGGACAAAAACACCUGUCCCAAGUACAUCAAGUGGACACAGAGGGAGAAGGGCAUCUUCAAGCUGGUGGACUCCAAGGCUGUGUCCAAACUGUGGGGCAAGCACAAGAACAAGCCAGACAUGAAUUAUGAGACCAUGGGACGGGCCCUCAGAUAUUACUACCAGCGGGGUAUCCUGGCCAAGGUGGAGGGUCAGAGGCUGGUGUACCAGUUCAAGGAGAUGCCCUCAGACCUGGUAGUGAUUGACGAUGAAGGCGACCAGAGCUCCGACUCCAGCCCGGACCACGGCGGGCACCGACCCGCCCACCACGGCAGAGGGCUUCCCCGCGGGACGUCCCGGGCCGGGCAGGGCAAGGCCACGGGGCAGACGGUGCUGGUGACGGCGGUGAAGAAGGAGCCCAGCCCCAGCCAACUGUACCAGGAGGAGGACGGCAAGCAGACGGAGCAGCUACUGCAGACUGUGCGCGUGCUGCAGCCCAAUCAGGGAGCCGCUGUCCCUGCCCCCGUCCACACUGUGAGGACCAUCAAUGUGCCUGCCUCCCUUCCCAUGGUGCUCACCCCAGGAACACAGGGAGGGAACACCGUCACCCUUCAGACCGUGCCCCUGACCACCAUGCUGUCCAAUGGGGACUCUGACCACACCUCCCCGCAGAGGGUCAUUCUGCACGCCGUGCCUUCCUCCUCCGCGCCGGGGGGCAAAGAUGUGCUCACCUUCCAGACCGCCGGCCUGACCACGGCGAGCAGCAGCCUGCCGGACAGCCUCCAGCCUCCGCACCUCCUGGUCACCAGCUUGGGCUCGUCCACUGGUGGGGUCAUCAGCACCGCCUCCCAGGGCUCCUCCCUCAACGGCCUGACCCGCGUGGUCACCCUGAAUGCCGGCGGGCAGCCCGUGGUGGCCCAGCAGCCGGGGACGGUUAUUGCCGCCGUGCUGAGGCCCGGCGAGCUCCAGGGCCUGCAGGUGAAGGAUGAGAUCCUGGACCCCCAGUACCUGCAGUCCCUGGUCAACAGCGACCCCUCGGCUGGCGCGGGCUUCGGCGAGGCCGGGGCGGGGGUGGGGGCGGAGGGGGCGAAGGCGGGGCAGGGCUACAGGACUGUGAUCAUCGGGAGCUCUCUGGAGGGCGCAGUGAACGGACACUCGGGGCACGCCCUGUCCAGCAGCCCCAGCGAGGGCCUGACACCCGUGGAGGAGCUGGAGGUGAAUGGGGAGUCCGCUCUGCAGGUGGAGGAUGGGGGCAAAGCGCUGCACGUCUCCCAGGGCCUGCAGGAGCUGCCCGUCACCGUCCACCUGUCUUCCUCUCACCUGAUCCCCGUCCAGGUGAAGGAGGAGACCGCAGAGACAUAGAGAGGACCCGAGUAUUGCCCACCAAAGAGGAGGCGGCAAAACUAAGGAACACGCUCCAAAGAAUUACUUUUUAACCAACCUGGUCAGUUUGCUUGGAUGGCAAGGAUUUGUAAUUUAUUGCUCUUAAUUGUAGGUCAUUUUGUCGGCCUACAGUUUUUGUUUACUCUGAAAUGACGUGCCUAAAUUUGAACUUCAAGGGAUUAUUGCGUUUAAUUUUUUUUUUUUUUUGGAUGGAUAGGGCUCUCUAAAGCACUGUGAGGGCCUGUCCUUGUGCGCCCCUCAGCAUCUGCCUCACGUGGCCAACAGCCAUUGGAUAACCAGGGAUGUAACCACCAGAUGUGCCAGUUACAUGAUGUCUAAUUACUACCUAUGCAUCUCGCCAGACAGACUGCGCUGAACGCAUGCAGUGGAAAGAUGCUGCUCCUUUGAAGCGAGUCAAGCUUCAUUGCAAUGCAGGAGACCCAUCGUAGGGAAAACCACAGGAGAAAACAAUGACGUGUGACAGGAAUCACAAGACAUCAGAGAGCCGUGUUUUUCAGUGCGGGAAAGACCAAAGAAUGAACAUAGACCGUAAACUCAAAAACCUGAAUUCACAGACCUUUACCAAAACACGCCCUAUAAAGUAGUAAGAAUGGUUAGAGUGAACUUGAAUAUUUUGUCUUGGAGCUACAAAAAGCAAUGUCGCAGAUUGUUUUGGCACAAAGGACUGUGGCGUUGACCUUCCUCUACUCCCAGCUCCUUUAAUCACUGUAUCACCAAGGUGUAUCUUUGCCUCAAUUACCUGUGGCCUUAAUGCAUUGUGUUGCCACGGAAAUGGACAUUCCUUGUCCUUCAAGACAGUGAUUACAUCCAGUUUGUAUAUAGCUGCAGACUUCUGACAGAUAGACAAUGAUGUGAUAAAAAUGGCCGGUGAAAUAUCUCUUGCUUCGCCGGAGUCCUGUUCUUUCAUCAUAUCUUUAAAAGUGUUUAUAUCAAAUGGAAAAUAUAUAAAUAUAUAUUAAAAUAUACUAUCAAGACAAAAUAUAAAAACUCAAGGCCACAAUUUUAUUUAUUUUUUAGUGAAUUCUAAAUUCUGUAUAACAAAAAAGGCACAUUUUUAUCAUUAUUAGAAGCGCAUACGCAAUUGAUGAUAUGCAAAGUAUAUUAAAGACAAAAUAAAUAGCAGGGAGUUGAAAAGCUGUGUGUUUUUCUAUUUCAAAUGGAAAGAUAUGAAAAUUGUCUGUUUUUUCUAAGCAUUCCGCAUAAUCAUCAGAAGUUUUGUAUGUUCUUAUAGUCUGGACUGGGGGGGGCGGGGGGGCACAAAAGAGACGUGGGGCAUUACAGGGGGUCCUUUUUCCACACAGACAGCCUCUGUAAAUAUGUAACAUGGUAUCCUUCAUGUUUUGAAUUUAGUAUGCUUUGGGGGUCACUUCUCCAGCUGACACAUUCCUGCCCUAGCCUUUGACUGGCCAGCAUAAAACACAAGGUUUCAUUGGACCCUCUUCUGUUGUUCCACACCCACAGUAUGUUGACAAUCACGGCUAAUGCUGUGACCCAUCUGCUCAGCUAGCAAUAUAUCCGGUAAGCUUUGUGAAGCAGAACUUGUUGUUUCGCAUCCUAAAUGUCUGUGUUUUAGUCGGCCCUCUUCCCUUGCAGGGACGUGAUAGUUCCAGGAUUUGUGCGGCCCGCGGCUGUGUUUAUUCAGCGCGUUAGUUGUUAAGGAGGACCUUUAAGGGAAGGAAUUGUUAAUCGUGGGGAUCUCCAGCAGAUCAGAAUGUGACUGGACUCAUGUUGAUCCUGAGCUCAAUUUGUGCUAAAUUGCUCACAGGGACCGGAGGUUUGGUGGAGGCUGAUCGAUGUUUGACCGGCACCUGUGGGGAUGUGGUGGCCCGAUUUUGUAAAAACAUUAUGAGAACAUUUCAGAGUCCAGUGACAGGGCAUACUUUUGCGAAUGAAAAGUGUGCCAUGUGCCGAUAAAAAAGAGAUUCAGUGGUUGGUUUGGCUGGCCUCCCGGGUGAUCCUUAUUGCUGUCUGAUGCACAGAUGUGACAUAAUUUUGUAGCAUAUCCUCGACAGAAGGGUCUGGUCCAAUGGAAACCGACAGUCAGAGCAGUGGAAUCCAAGGGAUAUGGUGUGUCUGCCUCCUUGGCUACAGCAUCAGCACCGUAUCCUGAGGCUUGCGCUGCAUAUACAGGCCUUUUCCUUGCAUUUUCACCUGCCCCACUGUGGACUGAUGAGGUGGGGGUUUGUCACCUGUCGCCUCUUUUUUUGUUACUGUUUUUCUUGCAGUUUCCUGUGUC